GGUUUCUAAUAAAACACUACCCGAUUGCAAAUGGAAGAUUCAUAAUAAUUUGAUACUAAAAUGAACUCAAGAGUCAAACGGCCCUCGUCUGCGCGUAGGAACAUACAACACGAAACAUUUAGUAACUUUGUGAGUGGGAGUCGACUAAGACGGGUGCAGAGUCUCCUAAAUGAUGGAUCAUCAGAGAAGAAAGACGCUCCAGAUGCUUUGCUCUGCAUAGCAGGGAUUGAUAGCCGAUACAAUGACGGGUCCAUGGAGCUCAUCAACUACCUGCUCUUUGGAUUUUUUGAAUUACGAAAAUCAGAAUUUGAAGGUUCUGGAUUUGAAGAGGAAGUAAUUGAUGACGUGCUGCUGUGCAUACAGUAUGACCAUGUGGACGUGUACUGUAACCCCGUGAACUACCACUACCUCCUGCCCUAUGUCAGCCACUGGAGGAAUGUGGCCUUCCACUGCCUCACUGAUGAAGAGUAUGGAGAUGAAGAGAAGGCAGAAGAUUUCAAGAUUUCCUCAUUUGUAUCCAUGGUGAAAAACCAUAAGAAAAUUGGAAUUCCUUACUGCAAUUCAAAUCGCCUUCACAAGUUCGACCCCAUGUUGAUAGAGAAAUGGCCGAUCAUUCAGGUGUACGGAGUGGAGGAGGUGGGAGGAGGUGGCUUCUUCACGAUGCAACAUGAGGUGGUAGACGUGAGCAGCUCUGUACACCGGCUGUACUCGUGGAUGGACCCAGUGGCACUGGAGACACUCGUCAUAGAGCAAGUAUCAAAACUAGAAAGGCAGUGGCAAACAAUGCUGUCAACUGUGGAGAUUUGUGUUGGAUCUGGCAAUUCUAGUGGUUUAACUGAGGAAAAGAUAUUUGAGCCGCUUAGGAGUUUCUACGUGCACGGUCAGGCCAACAUGGCAGGGGGAGACCAGCCUUCGUCCAACACACCGUACGUGCUGUUUGGCAGAAAUACUCACAGCGACUUGCUCGAUCAGGCAUCCAGUAAGAUCAUGAAACCCACUGGCAGCUUUAACACCACUACUGUCGGAAAAGAUGCUUGCAAUUUUAUGGUGUGCAAGGUGGUGUCCCCUCGUAGUCCCCUGGUCUGCUCCCGGACGUACUUCAUGCACAGGCAGUUUGUGGACCCCUUUCAAGAGCAGAAGAUCACUGAAUAUGCAGAGCACAAUGACAUGAGAUUGCUAGCUGUGCUCUAUGGGGCCAUGGUGGAUGCAGUACUUACAGGCAUACAGGCAUAUAGUAGCACACUGUCUUGCAAACAGGCUGAAGAAGUUGCCCUGGAGACAUUUGAAGAGACCUGCAGGUCUGCCAAAGACUGUGUGGUAGACACAUUCAAGCAGUCAUCAUCUAAGACCUUCUUCACCAUGUGUGCUACAGACAUGAAUUGCAGACAGCAGCCUCUGUUGGAGGGUGAGAGGAGCCUGCUGGUCAAGAUGGCCUCCAUAGUGAUCUCUGACGUUCACAGCGUCUCCCAGCCUGGCCACAUCCUGGGGUCUCUCGUCUUCUCAGAGUCGUUUGUAGACUCAGAGAUCAGGGUCUUGCAGACUGAUGGCAGCUGUCGACUGGACGGUUCAUUCCUGCUGCUGACAGAUCACAUCCCCCGAUAUCGCUCCUGGGCGUGUACCAGUCUGCCAGAUGACAGGAAGUGCCUUCAAGACAAAUUAGAGGGUCCCAGUCUACAUGAGAACUUUGGUUCCCUGCUUCUAUCUGGGGACACAGUCCAUCUGGGGUGUGGUCGCACCUUCUGUCUGCCACCAGAAGAAGCCAUCUUGUAUGCCUUUGAGAACGGCCUGGUGAUAAUAUGCCCACAGUAUGGUGCUAUAAUUCUCCAUGGAAUCCAUAUACGCACAGCAGAGUUCUAUGAUGGGGACUCGUCCAACACAGUGGCCCUGCUUGUCCUGCAGUACCAGUCUACGUUCAUUCCCUUCCUGCCCUUCCACCUGCAUAACGAGGACUGUCAGCUGAUACUCAUGUUCACUCCUAAAUCCAAGGCCUACAAACAUCUGUUUUCAGAAGUGUUACACAAGUGGAGGGCAGACUCGGACUCCCCCAAGGUCCGCAGGGUAGACACCAUGCCUGAUAACUGCUCAUUGCUUCAUGGACUGCUCCAGCACCAGUACUCUCUCGGUACCGGCACCAAGGUGAAGACUGCCCUACAGAAGGCUGCAGCACCUCUGCCUCACCUCAACAGUUUUCUGGAGCACCUGGCAGUGAGUAGUAUAGGCUGGGAAUCAAUACCAGAGUCCGACAUAGCCAUGGUUCUGGGACAGGGAACCAGUACAGAGACAGAAACAGACAUUGAGAUUGUGGUGACCAUACUGAGUGGAGUACCAGGGUCACACCAACAAAACAUGUGUGAUGUUCUUACAAGCCUCUCAAAGGAACAAAACAGGUAUGUCGUACUGAAGCCCAGUGUGGACAGCAGUCAACAGUUUCAGCCUCUAGACAUACAGGCCAAGUUGAAGGCCACCCUGAACGUACACAGGCGUCGCAAGCAGGCCCAGAUGGCCUUGAAGAACACGCGUGUUUUGUAUAUCGUACCAGGGUACACAGAUAUUGUGGCUGUUGUGCAGGCAAUUGAGUGUCAUCCUGAUGCAGAGGUCAGGGCUCAUUGUGCAAUAGGUUCCAUAACUGUGUGUGUUGACCCUCUGAAUGUGUUUAUGGAACACUGCCGCACCCUGCCAUACCUUCUGAACAUGUGCGCCCAGGGCUGGGUCAACCAGAUUGUCAUGACUUCAUCAACCGAACUCAAGAAUGAGGACCUGGAGACCAUCCAACACCUGCUGAGAUCAGUUAACAGUGACGUGGCCUUCUUACUGGCAGAGCAAGGAAAUGUGUCCAGGAGCAUGGAUCUAGAGGCAAUUCUAAGUGAGGACAGUUUUACACAAGCUGGGAAGGUUCGAGCCCGCUACCUGUCGUGCCCGGAUUGGCGCAGCACCCUUGUGCCCGCAUCACCCAGCCUCCUGAUAAUGAGGACGGUUCAGCUGAACUUUUCUUUGCCUCUAGACCGACAGAAACUGAUCAACAGGCUCAGGGGUCUAAAGGCUCAGUUGGUGGGGCCACCAUUUACAGGCAAUGUUUAUAAUGUUCAUGGAAAAAUUAAAUUGACAGACUCAAAGGCCUCUGAGUGUGUUGAGCUAAGGUACACGACUCUGAGUGGGAGGCUUGUUCUCUUCCCUUACACUGAGUCGGCCAAAGAGAAGUCACAGAGUCCUGGCAACGUGGUCGUGUUCACGGGGUGUCAGCUGUCACAGAGGAACCUGAAAGACUGGCUGAGAGAGUGUGCACCACCGAAGCCAGAAAAGAAGGUAUUGAUCUCAAGGAAGGAUGUCAGACAGGAUGUGAUCAAGAAAAUACAUAAGGACCAUCAUCUGGACCCCCUACCAGAAGGCUGGUUCUACAACGGCACUCAGUUCAUCAGCUUUGAUGGAACCAAGCAGGACCAGCACCCAGCUCUAGAGGACUUCAUCACCGCUUACAUCGGUGAGAAGAACAGUGAGAUUCACACCCACAAUGCCAAAGUGGAGGAGUUAUUGGCCAGUUAUUCUGACCUCUUCUAGAUAAGCUGUUGCCAUUAUAAUCUGAGUCCUUUUUCAACCAGGAUCUCCUAUUGAGCGGCCAUUAUUGGGACCUUCUAGACAUAAUAAUGCCUUAAAAACAAUCGGUUACUCUUGAUACAUGUAUAUAUAUUUCACCCACACACACACACACACAUACUUAGCUGGAGGCAUUAAAGAAUGCAAUUUCUGUCUGUCUGCAUGUAUGCACAUCCUCAAACAUGGUCUGAUCAGUAAUUUAAUCACUUAUCAUGCAAUUUAAAAAUAACUUUCCACAAAAGAUCUGAUAGGAAGACUGUGUGUUGUGCAGAAAAUCUGCGUCUCAAGCUCAAAUGUCAAGGUCAUGCUAAGAGGUCCAAUGUCAAAUAUGACAAUUACAGAGCUUUUCUAGACUGUAAUUUCAUCUUUUAGAAGGCGUUUAUGAACUACUGACUGAAACAAAUGAUUAUGGAGAUGGAAUGUGUGCAAAACAGGUGUGUCCUUCACAAUUAUGGCAUAGAAAACUAUAGAAACAGUAUCAAUGAACUGUUAUUGAGGAUAUAAAGUUUGCAAUGAUACCAGCUUAUUUCACUGACCUCUUCUAGAUUAUGUAUUGCCAUGGAAAUACGCUAUUUAUAAGUCUUAGUUUUUCCCUUGACAAGAUCUUGCCAUGAAAACAACCAGCUCAUAAGCCUAGAUGGGCUAUUGCAAUUGAUUACACUCUAUGGUGUUUCUCAAAGAAAAGCGUAAUCUUUUGUUUGGGAACUAUAACAAUAGCAAAUGGUUUGUCACCUUUACAUAAGCCAUAGAGAAAUCAUUUUGUCUGCAUACUACUUUUUUUAUAGUGUUAACAAAAACUGUUUGGUGUAUAUUAUUUAAUGUCUAUUUAGUUACUUCUGCAGAAAGUGUGUGUUAUGCAGUAUUAUUGAUUUUUCCGAACUGUAAUUGUUCUGUUGCAUAAUGUUUGGUGCAUUUUUUAAUUUGCUUGCAUUUGAAGAUUUAUAGAUUGUAGUAUUUAUUAUUUGACGAAUUAUUUGAUGAAUUUCAACUGCCAAUUUCAGGACUCAUGAAAAUGUACGAGUUCUUGUUUUUUGUUAAAAUGCCAUCCCAAGUUCUAACUGUAUUCUGUCAACAACAACGCACGGAUAGCAAGGGAUGCUCUGUCUGUGACAGUUUUUUGUUUUAUCAUUGUAUGUUUCAAAAUGAUGGGUCUGCAAGUGUUUGCAGUAGUUAAACGGAAAGCUUGUGUCUAAUGAACAUAAUAAGUUCCUUUGUAGCCAACUUGGCUAGUCAUCUUUAUUUGCAUUCAGCUACAUGUAUAUGCUUGUAUGCCCUUUUAACCUGGGAAAAGUUAGUUUCUACAGUGGGUAACCUCCACAUGUUGUUGCAGUUGUAAUGUUAACAAAUUUCAAAUAGUUUGUAAUUGAUUUAGAAAGCUUUGUAUAUCUGUUUAGCUAUUAAAUGGUAAUAGCGCGUUUUAAAGAUGGUCAUAAUGUGCUUGAGUUUGUGGUGUGUUUUAUUAUUUUUUUUUAUUUGAAUUGAGUUAUACCUACUUAUAAAGAUUAGUCAGUAUGGUCUUAGACAAAACUGACAUAUUAAGAAUUGUUCACAAAUAUGAUAAAUUGUUGAAAACUAUUCUAUAUAUUGGAUACUUAGAUACUCUGUUAUUGUUUAAAUCUCAUUUAAAGCUUUUGUGAUUUGAUACAUGUACAUCUUGUUGUUGUGCAUCAUCAACAUUUACCUAAUCUUGCUCACCCAAUCAACAUAAAUAUUGCUCAAUAUAUCUGUCCUAAUGAUAUCUCAUCCAAGAUUAAAUGGUUCCAAAACCAUUGACACCAAAACUUGACUGACAGGGAAAGGAAUACCUGACAAGAACAGUUAAGUUCCUAUUGACCUUAGGUAAGCAUUUGUAUGGGCAACUCUGCCCUUCGUAAAGCUUUCCUUUGCAUUAUUUUUCCAUUCCAGCAACAGUCAUGUAUUCUAAAUAUAUUAUGUUUACCAGAACAUUGUUUUCAUGGAUCCAAGGAACUUAUUUAUGAUCUUUACAUGUGUAUUUAUUUAAUUCUGUCAAUUAUUAUGAUGUUGCUGUGUCUCUUAGAACUCUUUGUUGUAUAUGCCACUGUUUGUUUUGAGUUUUAAAUAAUUUCGCUCAGUAAUAAAUUAAAUAAUUACG